AAAUUGCUCUCUCCAGACACGUGACUAGGUGAGCGCGUCUCUCUCUCACUCUCGCACGUGCGAACGUUUUGAUUUGUUUAUAAUCCCGCUCCUCUGAGAGAUCGUAACUCACUCUCUUCCCCCAGAAUACUCGCCGCUUCAAGAGUUUCAUCAGUUCAUCAAUCGCUUACUGAAGAUUCAGAGCCACCGGAUCUUAAAAUGGCAGAGGCAAGAGACCGAUUGGAGAAGCCGGUGGAUUACGCGGCGAUAUUUGCCAACAGACGCAGUCGCGGUGUGUUGCUCGACGACGAGCCAGCCUCGCGUCUCGGUGUGUUCGAACAUCCAGUUCGCAGAUUGCCAUCGGGUUCUCGCGUGCCUGGAUCUUUGGUUGGAGGCAAUUACAGUUCAUGGAGGCCUGGUCAUGGGAAUGGGAGCGGGAGUGGUCAGAGUCAGUUUAGAUCCUCCCAGGGAAGAGAGAACGUGCCUAUGGCGUCUGCUAGGCGUGAAAGAGGUGGCGCUUCACGGAGUUUGUUACCUUCUUGGUACCCAAGGACGCCUCUACGUGAUAUAACCCACAUUAUGCGGGCUAUUGAGAGAAAAAGAAGAGCUGGUAUGGGAGUAGACAGUGGCCUUGGGGCUGAGACUCCAUCUCGCCAACAAGUUCGUGUUCUUGAAACUCCACUAGCAUUGGCGGCAGAUGAGCCCAAUUGCGUAAUGGUGACGCCUGCUCCAGCUGUGGGAUUGAAGCGUAGUUGCCCACCAUCAACUGCUAAAGUCCAUAAGAUGUUGCUUGACAUCACAAAGGAGAUAUCUGAGGAGGAAGAAGAAGCAGGGUUCAUCACUCCCGAGAAGAAGCUACUCAAUUCUAUCGACGUGGUAGAGAAGAUUGUGAUGGCGGAGAUUCAGAAACUGAAGAGCACUCCGCUUGCAAAACGGCAAGAGCGGGAGAAGAGGGUAAAGACUUUGAUGUCUAUGCGAUGAUCCCACACUUAGGACAAGAGACACCGGAGGGAAGGUAUCAGUGAGUACAUCAUCUUCUGAUGAUAUCAAAAUCAAUCAUUAUCAUCUUCUGAUGAUAUUGACUUCGACAAGUCCUUGCGUAUAUCAUUUUCUUAUGAUUCAUUCUACUAGAAAAGUUCAAUCAUCUUGUUGAUGAUUUUGUAAGAUCAGGGAUCAUCUACUGAUGAAUAUAGUUUUGAUAGUUUUACACAUAAUGUUUGGAGUCUCUACUGUAGACAUUUUUCCCUUGUAGAUGAAUCUCGUUCUUGUUGUCACGUUGAAUAAUUGUGAGUUGGUAUGAA